GUCGUCUAAUAAAAUCCCAAACACACUUCAACAUAUAAUCUCACAAUUCCAGAUCCUUCCACUAUAAUUGUGGCCGCCGCACACAGCUUCUUGAUUUCCAGAUCCAUGGCUUCCUCUGAACCGGAGUCGCCGGAGACUUCCUCUCUCUUCGCCUUCACGCCCUUCCUCUUCGGCUUCACCAACAACCGCAGAGACGACCCAAAUCAAGAAUCCCGAAAUCCGGCCAAUCGGGAAAGCGAAAGGUUUUUUCUUGUGAACCCCUUUACCCAGAGCAUGGUGGUGAUCGAGGGGAGCUCUGCCUUGGAAUCGCUUUUACGCGACCUGGGUUCGAAGGAUGGGCCGCCGCCGGCCUCCAAAGCCUCCAUAGAAGCGCUUCCGGCCGUUCAGCUCCUGGAGGAGGGCGAGUGCGUGAUCUGUUUGGAUGAGUGGGAAAUUGGUGCUACGGCCAAAGAAUUGCCUUGCAAACACAAAUUCCAUCCCAAUUGUAUAGAGAAAUGGCUUGGAAUUCAUGGGUCUUGCCCCAUUUGUAGGCACAAGAUGCCCGUCGAUGAUGGGGAUGGCAAGAAAAACGACGUCGUAGGGAGAGGGAGGAGGCUGAGGGAGAUUUGGGUUGGUUUUUCCUUCAAUAAUGAUAUCAGAAGUGAUGAUUCUAAUCCACUUCCUUCCAGUGCUUCCGAUCAUGAAGCAGAGGAUUAGAAUUUUGGCACCUUUUUUUUAAAAAAAAUUCUCUACUGUUUGUGUUGAGAAGGAUUGUGUAUAGAAUAAAGGUUGUUUUCCUUUUUAUGUUGUUCUGUAUAUAGCAGAUGUAAUUAUGUAAAUUCUUUUGAUCACCAUCUAUAAUCUGCAAGUAAUCCGCAUGAAUCGAAGCUGCGAUUGGCUUGUUGUUAAUUUGUAUUUGUUUGGGUGGAACGAGACGCAGUUCAUUAGGUUGAUUUAUGGGUUCUUUUAAAAGUUAGAAUUUUCUUUA